AGUGUCCAGAGACUUUGUGAAAACAGGGCAGACUCUCCUCAUUGCUGUUUAAACCUUAAAGAGUCUAAAGCAUGUCAAUGUUGGCAUAAAGGUUUCAGAGAUAUUAUCUUAACCUCUCUGUUAGAGUGACAGGUAGAGUGAAAUGAUAGUCACCUGGUGAUGCAUCUGAAUGUUAAACUACUUUUCCUGUGAUCCUGCCUGCUAGUUUAAUAUAUUCACAAAAGAUAAAAAAAAAUUUAAAUAUAUGUUUUUUUAAAACCACAUUAUUAUUCAAAUUAUAAAAAGCUACAACCCAUUACAAGACGAACACUGUUAGUCUUGUAAAGUGAACCUUCGAGCAGGUAGGAACCUUAAAUCACACGGACCCGUUUCUCUACGGAAUGUUUUUGUGGACGUACCGCUGAGCGGAAGAAGAACAAAGCCGCCUCCUGUGACUGUAUUUGGGGUCUAAUGGCGGACUGGAACCCCAUAGCGAAGCUGUACGACCCGCUAAAAGCCGGCAGCAUCGACGGCACAGACGUGGAGCCUCAUGACCGCGCGGUAUGGAGGGCGAUGUGUGCCCGCUACAAGCCCAACAAAGGCGUGACCGGAGACCCGCUGCUCACGCUCUUAGUGGCGCGGCUGAACCCACAGACGAGCGAGGACAAGCUGCACCAGGUCUUCUCCAAGUACGGAGACAUCAAGCAGCUCCGGCUGGUCCGGGACAUCGUCACCGGCUUCUCUAAAAGAUACGCGUUCAUAGAAUAUAAAGAGGAACGCUCCGUGGUCCGGGCUCGACGGGACGCUAACAAACUGGUGGUGGACCAGCACGAAGUGUUCGUGGACUUUGAACAGGAGAGGACUCUCACAGGAUGGGUGCCUCGGCGGCUCGGCGGCGGACUGGGAGGGAAGAAGGAGUCGGGACAGCUGCGGUUCGGCGGCAGGGACAGACCCUUCCGUAAGCCCAUCAACCUCGGCGUCUGCCAGGCUCAAGAGCGCGGGGCAGGUGGAGGGAGAGAGUGGGACAGACCAGCAGCGAGGGACCGGGAGGACAGAGACCGACACAGGGACGCUGAGUGGGGCAGCAGAGGGAGGAGAGAUGACAGAGACAGGCAGAGGGACGAGCGCAGACACCGGGACAGGAGCAGGAGCAGACACCGGGACAGAAGAUGAAACCUGGGACAGAUGUGGGGACGAGUUUCAGGGCUUGUGUUUGCACAUUUUGAGACUGAUCCACAACAAAGAGUCCACAGCCUGUGAGACCACGUCAUCAGUCCAUCAGCUCGAGACUGAGACAUUUGUGAUUAGUUUAAUAAUCAGUUUAUAUCGUUGAAUCAUUGCAGCCCUAGUAUCACGUGGUCCGUGUAGAAUAUUCAUCGUUACAUGGAAACAAACAUUAGCAUUUUUAAAGCUGCCAACAUUAAAACCAUCUUGUUUUGGACGAAAA